CUGACUUGUAUAAAUAAAAAGGAAAACCUAAAACUAUUAAACAAAAAAACAAAACUUAAAUCGUAACGAUAUUUCCCGUGUUUUUUUACCAUGUGCUUUUUUUCUAAGAAUAGUACUUAGACCGACAAAGUCAUUUUAUUACUAAACAACUUUUUUGACGUCAAAAUAGCUGAAUUGGCAGCCCUGCUCAGAUUGGCGCUGAAGAGACUGCAAUUUCGGUGGAAUCAAAUGAAAUACAAUUUAAAGCGAUAAGCCAAUUGAUCAUGGAAGUAGUAGCAGUACUCCCACAACCUGCGGAACACAGCAUUAACAUAGGUCAGCAACCGCUUAGAGAAGAGAUAACGAAGUGAUAGCAACAGCUGAAAUUUGGCGUUUUUCGUUCUUCACACGUGCCCGUUCGUUCCUAAGAGGCUUACGGAUUUACCAGAUUGUUUACGUAAAUAGAAGUAAUCACGCGAUGACGACCGUGGAGAUCCAAUCUACGGACCGAAAGGCCAAUCCCGUCAAGUCCUUCAUUGCCGGCGGCUUUGGCGGCAUGUGCAACGUGGUCGUCGGUCAUCCCCUGGACACAAUUAAGGUUCGCCUGCAGACCAUGCCCAUGCCAUUGCCAGGACAGCCACCCCGAUACAAGGGCGUUGCGGACUGCGCCGUAAGGAUAUUCCGGCAGGAGGGAUUCCGAGGUUUCUAUAGGGGAAUUUCCGCUCCUCUGGUUGGCGUAACGCCCAUCUACGCAGUGGACUUUGCCGUGUACGCGGCGGGCAAACGAUUAUUUCAAACGGACGAACACAUUAGGCUCACCUACCCGCAAAUCUUUGCUGCCGGAGCCCUAGCCGGAGUCUGCUCCGCACUCGUGACAGUGCCCACCGAUCGGAUCAAGGUGUUGCUUCAAACACAAACCGUGUCCAGUGGUCCAUUGCUGUACAAUGGCACCAUGGAUACGGCGAUAAAGCUGUAUAGGCAGGGCGGGAUUAGGAGUCUAUUCAAGGGUACCUGUGCCUGCAUUCUGAGAGAUUCCCCCACCGGCUUCUACUUUGUGACCUACGAGUUCCUGCAGAACUUGGCCAGGCAAAAGUCCAAAACAGGACAGAUUAGCACCACAUCAACGAUUUUAUCCGGCGGAACGGCUGGCAUUGUGUUUUGGACUUUGGCCGUGCCCUUUGAUGUACUUAAAAGCCGCCUCCAGUCGGCACCCGAGGGCACUUAUAAGCACGGCAUUCGAAGCGUUUUCCGAGACCUGAUGGCCACCGAGGGGCCGAGAGCUCUAUUCAGAGGCAUUCUCCCGAUACUAUUACGUGCCUUUCCCUCGACAGCCGCUGUUUUCUUUGGCGUGGAGCUGGCGAAUGAUUUGUUGAAUUAGGUUACAUGUUUUGUAUUUAAGAGAGAGGCUGUAGUUAGUUGAUUAAAUUUUGUUAUCAGAGUGA